AUGGGCUGGGAAUAUGAUAAAAUAUGGUGUGAUGACGCAUGUGUGUGGGAUCGGGACUGUGAUGGACAUGGGUAUGAGAAGUGGGGGGUAGAUCGCAUGAAUGGCUUGAUGCUGAUUGCCAGACCGGAUCAGUAUAUCGGCUGGGUGGGUGAGCUCGAAGAUGUGGAGGAAAUGACUCGCUAUCUAGACGGUGCUCUGAUCAGGGCUAAGCAUAAGGAGUAG